UCUCCCAAGGGCUAGGGUUCUUGGAUUGGAUCGCUCUUGGAGCCGUGCAAUGGCGGCAAGGGCAAGAAUCGCGGCCACCGCCUUCUUCCUCAGGUAGAAUCAAUCGCCAGGGCCAUGAAGAAGCUCGGAUUCUUGGCGGAGACGCUCUGCUCGCAGCAAUUCGUCAAGCUCGUCCUCGCCGCGGCUUUGCUCGCCUCCAUCUUCCUCUAUAUUGGUUCUCUCGUCGGCGAUGACAGCAGCAGCAGCGGCGCCGUCCAGCUCAGGCGGCCGCAUUCUGAUGAUUUGUCACCCAACACGGUUCGUCUGUCACUUCGAUCCCAGCCACUCCAGAUCCCUCCCGAUGGAGUCAGCCUCUGCCCAAGCAACUUUACCGAGUACAUCCCAUGCCACGAUCCAAACUACAUUGCUUCCAUCUCCAGCAAGCUCAAUCUCUCGAGAAGGGAGCACUUGGAGCGACAAUGCCCCCCACCACAUCAGCGUCCUUUCUGCCUUGUUCCUCCACCAAAGUCCUACAAGCUUCCCAUCCGGUGGCCCCAGAGCCGAGACUAUGUGUGGAGGAGCAACGUAAACCACACCCGGCUAGCCGAAGUGAAAGGUGGCCAGAACUGGGUCCACGUUAAAGGCUCCACGAUGUGGUUUCCGGGAGGAGGGACGCAUUUCAAGCAUGGAGCUCCCGAGUACAUCCAGAGGCUAGGAAACAUGACCACGGAUUGGAAGGGAGAUUUACAGACUGCUGGAGUGGCUCGAGUUUUGGACGUUGGCUGCGGAGUUGCAAGCUUUGCAGCUUAUCUCUUCAACCUCGACAUCCAGACCAUGUCGUUUGCGCCGCUUGACUCUCACGAGAAUCAGAUCCAGUUCGCUCUGGAACGAGGAAUACCGGCUCUUGUUGCGGCGCUUGGAACCAAGCGCUUGCCGUAUCCUUCCAGAUCCUUCGAUGCUGUUCACUGUUCCCGCUGUCGCGUCGAUUGGCACGAAGAUGGAGGUAUUUUGCUCAGGGAAAUGGACCGGAUUUUAAGACCUGGUGGCUUCUUCAUCUAUUCUGCACCUCCAGCUUAUCGCAAAGACAAGGAUUUCCCUGAAGUUUGGAACAUCCUGACCAACAUUACAGAAUCUCUUUGCUGGAAGCUGAUCGCACGGCACGUCCAGACUGCGGUUUGGAGGAAGACCGCCGACAGGUCCUGUCAGCUCGCCAAGUCCAAGCUGUGCGCUAACCAAAGCAAGGAGUUUCUAGACAACUCGUGGAACAAGCCACUGGACGACUGCAUUGCCUUGUCUGAGGACAAUGAUGCCAAUUUCGUCCAACUUCCUUCAUGGCCGGAACGGCUUACAACUUACUCGAACCAGCUCGGGAUCAGCUCAUCUUCUUUCAAAGAAGACACAUCUCUCUGGGAAGGCAAAGUUGGAAACUAUUGGAAGCUGCUUAAUGUAUCCGAAAAUUCCAUUCGGAACGUUAUGGAUAUGAAUGCUGGAUACGGAGGCUUUGCUGCUGCCUUGUUACUACAGAACAAUCCCGUGUGGAUCAUGAACGUGGUUCCAUCGGAAUCUAGCAACACUCUCAACGUUGUCUAUGGUCGAGGCCUCGUAGGCACCUUGCAUAGCUGGUGCGAAAGCUUUUCGAGCUACCCGAGGAGCUACGACUUGUUGCACGCAUAUCGCGUGAUGUCCCUCUAUCCAGGGAGAAAAGGGUGCCAGAUCGAAGAUAUAAUGCUGGAAAUGGAUCGGCUGCUGAGACCGAAUGCUCUUGCGAUCUUUCAAGAUUCCUCACCUGCGGUGCAGCGCAUACUGGAGUUGGCACCAAGGUUCCUGUGGGUUGCCAGAGUCCAUCGCAUUCUUGAAAAAGACGAGCAGCUUCUUAUAUGCUCUAAGAAGUUCUGGAUCGUCGACGUCUAAGGUAGAGUAUGGUGAUGAUUAGUCUUCGAAGUUUUCCACGAGAAUGCACUGUGGCGACAGUAAUAACAGGGUUGUUAGUAUUCUCAGGCAGACACAACGAUUUGUUUAGGAGCUAUUGUAGUCCAGCAAAGGUCCUAAGCGAGAGGCAUGGCUUUCAUAUCUUGGUUAGUUUGUGCCAACAUGAUUCUCCAGGUGUGGUAAUAGCUCCUACACCGAUCAAAGCCAGCUUGCGCGAGGUAAAAGUUCGUUUUCGUUAUUUCUUUUUACUCUGCUUUGUGCUACUUAUGAGCUACUGCUGGAGGAUAUCCACGCGAAGAUCAUGUCAAGAGGCUGAGACUUUGGAACUCACUCGGAGUUGGAGUUUUUGUCAUCCCCAAGAGCUGUGCAGACAUUUCCGGAGCCACCAAUGGACAUUCCAUCGUGGAUUCGUGAAAUUUCAUUAGGAGGACAUAGAAAAUCAUUUAAACACAUAUUAAGUUGACGAAA